AAAAUUAAUAAAGUUGGAAUAAUAAUUUUCUCAAAAUCAGUAAAAUUAUCUUUCUUGUAAUCGUUUGUAUUCGUAGUUUCUUCACUGGGUGUUAAACAACAACCAUGGCGUUGCUUUCAGCAGCAGCUCCACCAUCAUCGACAUUUCUCGUCAAUGGCUCAUUUCCAUGUUCUUCGUCCAAACCUACUUCGCUUUCUUGGGCAUCUUCCUUUCCCAAGCUUGGUUUCUCCUUCAAUUCUAUCACAACCCCUCUUAAACCUCCUUGCAAUUUGUACAAGGAUUCAGUCAUCCGAUCUGCUGCCUAUACCCGGAGAUCUCGAGGUGGGGCUGCAAAAAAACCCAAUCGAAAGUCAUGGAAGCAAAGGACAGAAAUGUAUAUGAAACCAUUUUUACUGAACAUUUUCUUCUCAAAGCGAUUCGUGCAUGCAAAGGUGAUGCACCGGGGCACCAGCAAAGUUGUAUCAGUUGCCACAACAAAUGCCAAGGAUCUAAGGUUUGCAUUGCCAUCACUUGCAGAUAACAAUGCCUGUAAGGUUAUAGGCAAUCUGAUUGCAGAGAGGUCGAUUGAAGCUGAUGUAUAUGCAAUGGCAUUUGAGCCAAAGAAGAAUGAGAGAAUCGAGGGUAGGCUUGGAAUUAUCCUUGAUACCAUCAAAGAAAAUGGUAUCAUCAUCAACUGAAAAAUUCCCUUAUCUUCUUAUAUAGUGGGGCUAUAAUUUAUUGUAUUUCCUAAAAAAAUUGUGGACAAUCUGCUUUUUAAAAGCUUUGCAACAUAAAUGAAAGAGACAAUUACUAA